AUUAAUUAUUGAUAACAAAUUAGAGUAAAUAUAUAUAUAUAGACUAAGGCCGGGUAUCCUAAUGUUAGAUCCUUGUCUUUAAUCCAAUCUUCUCCUUAAAAACUCAUAAUUCCUCUAGAAAUUCUACCAUCAUUUUCUUCUCUCUAUAGCUCCCUCACUUGAGAAAGAAAAUAAAAAAGGAAAAAGAAACCUAGCUAGUUUUUGGAAAUUAAUAGACUAAUUUCAUAAGAAGAUCACAAUGGGAAGGCCACCAUGUUGUGAUAAAAUAGGGGUGAAAAAGGGUCCUUGGACUCCUGAAGAAGAUAUCAUCUUGGUUUCUUAUAUUCAAGAACAUGGUCCUGGUAAUUGGAGAGCUGUUCCUACUAAUACUGGAUUGCGUAGAUGUAGUAAGAGUUGUAGGCUAAGAUGGACUAAUUAUCUCCGUCCGGGUAUUAAAAGAGGCAAUUUUACUGAGAAAGAAGAGAAAAUGAUCAUUCAUCUUCAAGCACUUUUGGGCAAUAGGUGGGCAGCCAUAGCAUCAUACCUCCCUCAAAGGACAGACAAUGACAUUAAAAAUUACUGGAAUACCCAUCUCAAAAAGAAGCUUAAAAAGCUAGAAGAAGGGCAAGAUGGUCAAAACACAUCUUCACUUGUAGGGUUUUCAUCAAACUCAACUUCUUCAACUUCUUCUCACAACUCUAACAAAGGACAAUGGGAAAGAAGGCUUCAAACUGAUAUCCAUAUGGCUAAACAGGCCCUUUGUGAGGCUUUAUCUAUAGAAAAACCCGAACUUCUCCCAAGCCCAAGCCCAAGCCCAAUCUAUGCAUCAAGUGCUGAAAACAUAGCCCGAUUACUCGAAAACUGGAAGACCCGAAAACCCAAUUCAGGGGCCUCAUCAUCAUCAUCACCUCAAGAAUCCAUGACCCAGAACUUUAAUGAAGAGUUAAAACCGGUUCAGAGUUUUUACUCGAAUUCAAACUCGUCUACAACCACCGACGACUCGCACCAGUCUGUCUCGGCCGAAGCCGAGGCGGCGCAACAAGUGCCAUUGUCACUCUUAGAGAAGUGGUUGUUUGAGGAAGGAGUAAACAUGAUGGAUAUGUCUUUGGAUGCUGAUCAUGAUCAAACCGAUCAAAUUGAUCUUUUCUAGAAGGUUAUAAACAAUAGAAGAAUUUUCACUUUUUUUUUUACUCGGGAGGGUUAAGUUGUUUUUAUUUGUUAGUGUUUUGAUGAAGAAGAAUUAAGAUUUAUAUAUAUAUAUAUAUAUAUAUAUAUAUAUAUAUAUAUAUAUAUAUAUAUAUAUAUAUAUAUAUAUAUAUAUAUAUAUAUGUGGUUUUAGUAAAGGUGCUUAAAAUAGCAUCGUAAAACAAGUGUAAAUUACUAAGGAGAAGAAUUAUAAUAGUUAUGAGGUAGUAGUUUCUAAUUGUGACUAUAAUAAUGAUCAUGAUCAAGAUCAACAACAGCAAUCAAAUGUGAAAUAUAUAUCAUUGCGACUUAUUAAUAAUUAUUAAAUAUAUUUUA